ACGAACAAAGCUCACCUACUAACAUUUGCGCCACGACGAUGCAUCGUCGUCUUCCCUUUCUAAUAUUCCUCUAUAACUUACUAAGCAUCACCCAAGCCCAGCUAGAUGUUCCCGGUGUAAGGCUGAACCGCAGCUCGCUGCUGCGAACAUUCACACCCGGAAGCUGCUCGGACGGAACCGGGCGGACAUCCGUCUGUAGCAGUUGUUCGUCACAGUCGCUUUGCUUCGGAGGAAAUGCCAUCGCGGAAGUACCCUGCCCGGGAUCCAAUCCGUACUGUAAUCCGGGCAGCGUGGAAACCAGCUGUUCCAGUUCGCCCGCGGCAGGAUGUGGAUCCACCGGAUCCCAAGUGAACGCGAUCGUGUGUCCGGCUCUUGGCGUGCUUCCGGAUCCAUCAAAUUGCAACGUGUACCACGUGUGCCGUAACCUGCAGCAAAACUCAGACGUAUAUCAGUGUCCUCCGGGGUACCACUUCAAUCUGACGACCAAGUGGUGCCGAUCGGACCAAGUGGAUCAGUGUGUUCGCAUCACCUGUGGGACGACCAGUGGAUUCGUGUACUACGGAAACUCCCGGCAAUAUUUUGCACUUUGUGUAGUUGCCAAUGGUGUAACGACGCCGUACAUCUUUAAGUGUCCGGAUAGAUCUACGUUCAGCGUGAAUACGAAUAGUUGUGUCUACCAGUGUGCCGGACAGGGUAACUUUGUGAAUUCCAAUGACCCGUCGAGCUUCUACCAGUGCUAUUUGGCCAACGGAAGCUAUGUGGUGACGCUGCAAAGAUGCCCGACCGGUACGGUGUUCAAUGAGUCAUUGCAGUAUUGCUCUUAGAAAUUAUAUAAAAAACAAGAAAAAAAAAGAUUUAUAAAAAUAUAUUUGCAUUCAGUAGUGUCAUCGAGGUUACCUCAAGUAACUCAUUGAGUAAUCAACUCUUCAGAUAAAAAACAUGUUUAUUACUCUCAAUAAACUAUGAAAAAUUUCUAAGGUUCUACGAA